AUGUCAUCCGUCAAGCGCUUGGCGUUUGCCGUCGUCCAUUUCCUCCGGGAGCAGAGCCAGAUGGGCAGCUACACGUCCGACGAGCAGGAGAGCUUGGAAGUCGCCAUUCAGUGCUUGGAGACGGUUUUCAAGAUCAGCCCGGAAGACACCGACCUCGCGGUGGGCCAGCCCCUGAUGGAAAUGUUCACCAACUCGUUCUGCCAGAAUGACAUUCUGCCCCUCUCCAACUCUUUGCCAGAAGAUGUGGAAAAAGCUGACCAGCUGAAGGACGAGGGAAACAACCACAUGAAGGAAGAGAAUUACGGAGCGGCGGUGGACUGUUACACCCAGGCCAUCGAGCUGGACCCGAGGAACGCGGUUUACUACUGCAAUCGGGCUGCAGCUCAGAGUAAGCUGAGCCACUACACGGAAGCCAUCGAGGACUGCGAGAGAGCGAUAGCCAUAGACUCGAAGUACAGCAAGGCCUACGGGAGAAUGGGGCUGGCCCUGACUGCCAUGAACAAGUACGAGGAGGCCAUCGCCAGCUACCGCAAAGCCCUGGAUCUCGACCCAGAGAACGACUCCUACAAGUCGAACCUGAAAGUGGCCGAACAGAAACUGAGGGAGGUGGCCAGCCCCACGGGAACGGGGCUGAGCUUUGACAUGGCCAGCUUGAUCAACAACCCGGCGUUCAUCAGCAUGGCGGCAAGUUUGGUGCAGAAUCCUCAAGUGCAGCAGCUGAUGUCCGGGAUGAUGACCAACGCUAUCGGGGGUCCGGCCGCCGGCGUCGGGGGCCUGACCGACCUGUCCAGCCUCAUCCAAGCGGGACAGCAGUUUGCCCAGCAGAUCCAGCAGCAGAACCCCGAGCUCAUAGAGCAGCUGCGCAACCACGUCCGGAGCCGAUCGUUCAGCGGCAGCGCGGCCGAGCACUCCUGAUCCGCUCCUCCUCCUCCUCCUCCCCCGUGGCCCUCUCCCCCGUCCCCCUCCCGGCCCGCCUCCCGUUCCCCCCGUCCCCCUCCCCCGGACCCCCCGCCCCACGGAUGGUCGCCAGCCCCACCGUGCUCGCUUUGGCGGCGAAGAAACGAAGAACGGGUCCCGGGCACGUGCGUCGGCGCCGCGGCCGGGGCCGGGGCCGGGGGAGGAGCCCGGCGUGCGUUCGGUCACGUCGACGCGUUAGAGAACGGAGUCGCCCCCCUCCCCGGCCCCGACCGCCCCGUGUCCGCGCAGCGCGGUGUCGCCGCCGCUGUAGAGGAAGAGCCUUCGGCUCGGGCGGCCCGCCCGACCUCCAGCCCCGCUCUGGGUCGUGGUGGACGUCGGGCUCUCGCCUCGGCCUCUCCCCCCUCUCCUAAAGCGGGGCGGGGGGGGGGCUUCGCCCCCUAAUCCCGGGACCCCCCGCUCCCCGAUCCUCGCCCGUCCUCCGGUCUCCAGGACCCCGGCCGCGGAGAGAGAGCGGUCCUUCCCCGAGGCCGUCGUACCCCCGGGCGAUGGAGGGAGGGGUGGCCGAGAGAGACACCGGGCCGGGGCCGCCUCCCCCUCCGUCGGCGCGACCGGACCGGCGGCGGGAACCGAAAGCCGCGGUCGGGUCCGUCGCCGCCCGCUCGGUUAAGGAUUCCCCGGAGUGCGUUUGAUCGGGCUCCGGUGGGCGUCGAUCUUUGAGCCCACGGUGGAUCGGAAACCAUUUCAGGCGUAGCCGUCGCCCCCCUCCCCUCAUCUUCCGCCCCGAGGCCGUGGCUCUCCUCUUCCUCGGCCCUUAACCGUCCUGCCCGAGUCCGAGGUUUCCCCUGCGGGGCGGGUGGAGGCGGGGGGGGGGGGGGGGGGUCGGGAAAUGAAGGGAGUAGAAGGGUUGGGGGAGUCGGGCUCCCCGAAACGGCCUCGCCCGGCGGACGGGGGCCCGGUUGGGGUUCCCGUCCCGAGGCGGACCGUCUUGGGGGGCCUCGUGAGGGACGGGCGGCGGGGGGGGAAAACGAUAAAGCACUUUAGGGAGCAGAUUCUAGAGGGAAACCCGAUCCUGCCCCCCGGGACGACCUCCCCACCCGGGACCUCGGACUCUCCGCUCCGACAGGGGGCAGGACCGACGGGCGAGGAGGAGAGAGCGGCCGCGGACCCCGUGGUUUCUAGGCUGAGGAGAGGGAGUCGGUCCCUGUCCGUGUCACGCGGGGACAAUCCGGAGUUGGCCGAAUGCGUUUCGCGGAGGGGGAGCCCGGCUCCCCCCCAACUCAGUGGCUUCGGGUGAGCGGGUGGGUGGCCGUGCCCCCUCGCCGCCGCCGGACGCCCGAGGGGAGAAGCGAGAAGCUGAGGGCCGAGGCUGGUGAGGGUGACUGAUACUAAAUUAGAAGCGACGAUUACCCUUGAAAUGUGUCCUAAAGCCAUGGGAAAAACCCCCACCUACCCUGUCUCUCCCACUGCCGCUAAUCACCAGUCGCAUCAGAGCGCUGACCGGUCAGACCCCGACACCCCGUGGCCCGCCGGUCUUCGGCCACGUGUCCGCCUGCCCCGUCGGCGGUUUCCCACCCGUCUCUCCGCGGGGACGCUUCCCUUUUCCGACUACGCGGCGAAGCCGGGUCGGAAAAGAUGGAGAAGUCAGGUCGGUGAAGCGCCGCGGUCUGCGUCCCUGCCGGGGCGGGCGCUCGGUCUGACGGUUUCCGUCUCCCGCGCCGGAUUUACUCCGCCGUUCUUGCGGCUCCCGAGUGGGGUGAAGGCCCUUUCCUCCGACGGGUGAACGGAAGCGGCUUUCUAGCCCCCCAAAAACCACGCGAGGGGAGCGGGUCCCCGCUGACCUUCCCUCCCCCCCCCCCCCCCACAAUCGCUCCUGAAAUGGAAUUAGGGAAAAGGCAGAAGGUUCACGCGGGCGCGGAUGUGCUCGGUGAACGAGCGGCCCCGAACGCCGCCUCUACGGCGACCGAAAUGUUGUGCUUAGUCCUCAUUUAACUCGUCUUAAUCAUUCCGGGUGAGGAAAGACCGACUCUCUAGUUUUACACUAACUGCACUUUAUUUUGCACUACGAGAACAUUUCAUACCCACGGUUCCAGUUAGCGGAAAGCCACUCUUUCGGGUGAAUAUCGCUCUCAUUUUAGACUCCACUUUGUCAUGGAAAGUAAUAAACGAUUAUGCAUCGAA